CCUGCCUUAAGUCAAAGUGACAGGUGUGAUGUUGCAUAAAGUGGCCCUCUAAGCCCACCAGGCCGGGGCUGCGGACCAAUGGCAAGUGCCCACACGGUGAUGCUGCCUGCUUGUCAGCCGGCCUGGGGUAUAUAAAGUGAAACAACUAUGUUAGCUCUUCUGAGCAGUUCGUGCAUUCCCAAGCCUUGCCUCGGGUGUAGGGAUUGCAAGGGGAAAAGCAAAACUACACUCCCAUGCCGUGUGUAGUUUUGUUUUUAUCUUCAGAGGCUCAACUUUUCUCACAUUGGAUAAUCAUAAAUUCUUUCUGCGCACGAAGAAAACUUUCCAACUCUUGGGCGUAGUCCCAUUACUUCUAGGCACUCUUGUGAAAACAGGGUGCCUACAGCCAUGUCAACACAAGCGCCCACGUUUAUACAGCCGCUGCAAAGUGUUGUGGCACUUGAGGGUAGUGCCGCAACAUUUGAGGCUCAAGUUAGUGGUUCCCCAGUUCCUGAGGUGAGCUGGUUUCGUGAUGGCCAGGUUCUUUCCACUGCCGUUCUUCCCGGCAUACAGAUCUCAUUCAGCGAAGGCCGCGCUCGAUUGACGAUCCCUGCUGUGAAAGCCGCGCACAGUGGAAGAUUUUCCGUACGAGCCACCAAUGGAGCUGGACAAGCCACUAGCACUGCUGAACUGCUUGUGACUGCUGAAACAGCGCCCCCGAACUUCAUACAGAGACUGCAAAGCACAACUGUGAGACAAGGAAGCCAAGUGCGACUGGAUACUCGCGUGACUGGAAUCCCUACACCUGUGGUCAAGUUCUACAGGGAGGGAGCUGAGAUCCAAAGCUCCCCCGACUUCCAGAUUGUACAAGAUGAUGACCUCUAUAGUUUAAUUAUUGCCGAAGCCUUCCCCGAAGAUUCAGGAACAUAUUCCGUAACCGCCUCCAACAGCAGUGGUCGGGCCACCUGUACAGCCGAACUGCUUGUCCAAGGUGAAGAGGAAGCCAUACCUGCAAAGAAGACAAAGACAGUAAUCUCCACUGCUCAGAUUUCCCGUCAGACAAGGGUAGAAAAGAGAAUGGAAGCCCGUUUUGAAGCCUCAGCAGCAGCCAUGGAGAUGGUUGUUGAUGGAGUUACAGGAGUACAGUAUCUACCACAUAAGACACCCCCACGGGUACCACCAAAGCCAACUUCCAAAUCCCCAACUCCUCCAGUGGCAAAGGUGGCUGCAGGAAGACAUCAGUCACCUUCACCUGUGAGACCAGUUAAAGCACCUGCUCCAUCCCCAGUCCGGUCAGUCUCCCCAUCAGGAAGACUCUCGACUUCGCCGAUUAGACCAGUUAAGUCUCCGCUGAUGGCCAGAAAAACGACAGUUUCUGCCUUAGCUUCAGAUGUCCUUCCUCCUUGGAAGCAGGAGGAUUACUCGAUGGAGACACAAUACAGAGAGUCCCGUGCACAUGUGGAAGCGCACUGGGAGGGCCAAUAUGGAGUACAGGAGGCAGUUGGCGUUAGAGAGGAGCAGCAUGGUGCCGGCAGAUCGAGCGCAGUGGCCACCGUGUUGGCUGCAGUGGACCAGGCCCGUGGGCGUGAUGCCAUUUCAGUGGACCAGGCCCGUGGUCUCGAUGUCAUUUCAGUGGACCAGGCCCGUGGUCUCGAUGCCAUUUCGUCUUCUGUGCAGUGGACAGGGACUGAGACAACCUCCACAACUCUGCAUAUACAAGCCGCUCAACAGCAGAUGAAAGUUGACAGAGACAAAGAAUCCACUGUUGUCAUGGUGGCUCAUGACUUCACUAAAGACACUUCAAAGGUGGAGGAAAGCGCAGCAGAGAAACAUCAGAUGCAGAUAUUGCACGAUCAGCAAAAAGUGGACAUUGACAAAACAACAGCAGUGGCUACUGUGAUAGCAGCUGUUGACAUGGCUAGAGACCGGCGGCCUCGUGCUGAAUCUGCGGAAAGGAUCACAAAGGAAACGUUGGUCACCACAUGCGAUCAGUUGGUUUGGGAUCAGGCUGAAACUGGCAAACGAGCGGGAGCCGUGGCCAAAGUCCUUAUGGCCGUGGACCAGGCCCGUACAAGAGAGCCACAGCAAGUCGAUGGAUUGCAUGCUGAAGAAACGAGUCUCGACUACGCAUACAAACACCAGGCAGUCUCAAAACAAACAUCAGAGCAGCAAUACAUUACAACUACGGGCAUCAAAGCCGAAGCGGCUAAAGCAUCUGCGGACAUUUACAUUAAAGCUGCCCAGCAGGCCGGUGUUAGCACUUCCCAGAUGGAAAGGAGUAAAGAAAGUGUCUCCCAUGUGGAUGUGUCUGGUGUGCCAUCACCAGUCCCUCACUUCACAGUAGCAAAAGUUACUGUCCCUAAAGCAGAUCAUACUUACGAGGUUUCAAUAGCUGGCUCUGCUAUUGCUACACUGCAGAAAGAGUUAUCUGCAGGGACUGUGCCACAAAAGAUAACCAAGACGGUGAAGCCACCUUCUCACAAGAUCUCCGAGACCCAUGUGAUGACUGGACAGGUGAUCUCACCUCAGCCUCCUUUUAAAGAGACCUCUGAAAAAAUUGUUACCCGCUAUGAUACGCAUGUGCGCAGAGAGAUAGGCACAUCCGUUUUAGGUGUGGUGGAAGGAGGUAUCAAGUACCAAGCAAAGGAAGAGCAGAUUCCAGAGGCGGCAAAAGUUCCAGGUGUGGCUGAUGUGCCGGCUGCUCCCCCAACUGUUAUUGCUGCCUUGAAAGAUGUGACAGUCAUUGAGGGAGAAUCUGUAACUCUGGAAUGCCAGAUCUCCGGUCAUCCAGCUCCAGCUGUCAUGUGGUUCAGAGAGGAUUAUCGCAUCGAAAGCUCAAUCGACUUCCAGAUUACUUACCAAGAUGGAACCGUCCGGCUGACCAUUCGUGAAGCCUUUGCAGAGGAUAGCGGACGCUUUACUUGCACUGCCACAAAUGAAGCUGGGACAGUCAGCACUUCUUGCUACUUGGUUGUCCAAGUUUCAGAAGAGAUUGAAAUCCGAGAAGAGGCCCCGACUGUUCCACAGCCUGUCAUUCGUGAAGAGGCAGGUGUUGUUGUUAUAAGAGAAGAGGUGAGCAGAGUGACAGAGGAGUCAGGAGCGAUUGCUGCGCCCUUCUUUAUCAGGAAACCUACUGUUCAGAGACUUGUUGAGGGAGGAAGUGUCAUAUUUGACUGUCAGAUUGGAGGAAGUCCCAAGCCUCACAUUUACUGGAAGAAGGCCGGAGUACCUCUGACCACUGGAUACAGGUACCGAGUCGCCUACAACAAAGAAACUGGAGAAUGCCGGCUUGAGAUUUCCAUGACGUUUGCUGAUGACGCAGGGGAAUACAGCAUUGUUAUCCGCAAUCAGCAUGGAGAAGCAACUGCCUCCGCUGACCUUUUGGAAGAAGAGCAAUACGAUGCUUACAUGAAGCAGCACGAUGUGUCCUACCAGACUACAGUGACAGCAUUUGUGCAGCAGCCAAAAGUGGCAGAAGUCGCCCCUGUUGUUUCGGUGAGCGAAUAUGAGAAAGAACAGAUUCUGAUUCAGAGGAGAAUGGCAAAACAGUUUGUACUUGAACAGGAAUACCAGCUUUCUGUUUUUGAAGAGAAGAUUAUUAAAGAGAUUGAAUUUAGGAUCCUCAAGAUCACCUAUGAAGAGAUUGUAACUGAAGACGGAGAAGAAAUGAUUCUGGAUGUCGCAGGCAGCGUUGAGCCAGGAUUUCAGCAAGUUUUGAAGAGCUAUAGAAUCCUGGAGGGAAUGAGUGCCACAUUCCACUGCAAAGUUUCUGGACAUCCUCUUCCAAAGAAAUUUCUAGAAAGUGUACCUUCUUUAAGGGAAUAUCCUAAGCCAAUGGUUGCUAACAAAGGAAGUGGCAUUGAAAAUAUCUUGGAAAUUAGAGAUAAGCCAAUAUCGGAAAAUAAGGAGGAAGUCAUGGAGGAGUGUGAGAUGCACAAAGCUGUCUCAGCUCAGAUUUUGCAGACAAACAAUAAAGCAUCGGAGAAGCAAGAAGAGAGCAGCUUCUCUUUAACAGACUAUUUGAUGUCAGCCGGUCAAAAGCAGAGUGUCGUACACCUGGAGGGCACACCCGGAGAAAAGAGUUCACCUGAACCGGGCAUCAGUUCCCUCGAGGUAGAGGAAGUAACCUUCAGUGCGGUGUAUGAUUAUUACAAUCAGCAGCCUGAAUUUAGCCGUUCCCUUUCUCCAGAGUCUGAGAUGUCCAUUGAAAUAAGCAGCACCUGUAGUGAUGAAGUGGCAGAGCUGGAACGUUUCUACACACCAUCCUCAACUGACAAUCCUAUUGCAGUAAAAUCUGCAGACUCCUUUCAUACUCCUUGUGGAACCCCUGAAGGCUAUGUAACUCCUCCUCAAUACUCGUUCUCACCCGUUGAAUCAAAAAGACCCUCAUCUGGAGUGAUGCUUGACAGGUUGUUUUCUCCACCCAAAAUCUUCCGCUCGCCCGAAGAUGAGGGCAUUGAAACAACGCCACUUACUUUAAGCGCAGAAGAACGAAGCUCAGUGACCGAGGGGAGAAGUUCUGGGGCCUUUGGUUCUCCUCUAGAUAUGGAACAUAAAGUCCAAGGAAUUCCUCCUGCAUUCAUGAAGCCAUUGUCUAAGAGGAGAGUUUAUGAAAGGGGCAUAUUGACGUUUUUUGUGGAAGUGACAGGAAUUCCAUCACCCGAGGUACAAUGGUAUAGAAAUAACGUUCUCUUGUCGUCGGACCAUAGGCAGAAAAUUGAACGAGAAGGUGAUGUGUGCAGUUUGGAGAUUCAAGUUGUGAGCAGGUCAGAUGAAGGGGAGUACCUUUGUGAAGCGAUAAAUGCAAUUGGAGAAGCAAGAAGCGUUGCGAUGGUAGAAGUUGUUUCCCAGGAUGCAAAAGUAAUGGCUGCACCCCCUGCGGUUACACAUCAGCAUGUAAUAGAGUUUGAUGUCGAAGAAGACAUCACCUCGAGGUCCCCAUCUCCUCAAGAGAUCUUAUUGGAAGUAGAGCUGGAUGAGAAUGAAGUGAAAGAAUUUGAAAAGCAGAUCAAAAUUGUCACCAUUCCAGAAUUUAGCCCUGACAACAAAAGCAUGAUUAUCUCUUUGGAUGUCCUACCAAGUCUUUUUGAUGAAAACACCGUUGAUUUUGUAACUCAGGAAAGUGAUGAACUUAAAAUUGCCUUUGAAGUCACAGAGAUGCCGCCCCGAUUUAUCAACCCAAUUUUUGAUCUCGAGGUGCCAGACGGUAUGGAUGCUGUCUUUGAGUGCUCACUUGCAGGUGUUCCUCUUCCAAAGGUGGUCUGGUUUAAGGAUACUGUUCCUAUCCCAAAGGAUGGUAGGAAGUACAUUUAUUCUUCCAAGAACGACAGCCACAUUCUUAAAGUUCGAAGUGUGUGCAGUUACGAUAGUGGCAUGUACAUGUGUAAAGCAGUGAACCCUGCAGGAGAAACAACUUGUAAAGCCUUCUUAAGCAUAUCCAACCACGUGGCGGAAAAAGGAGCCGUAAUCGUGGGUGGUGGCAGACAGCAAGCUCAACAGUUCGACUUAGUUGUGGGCAGUCAGCCCUCGGAAAUCGAACUGGAAUUUGAAUUUGAUCGUGAAGCGAAGAACUCUCAGAAGUCUGUAAAGCUCAUAGCCAUGACAGACCAUGACGAUGAGCAGCAAGGUGAUAAAUGUGUCAGCAUUAACAUUGACAUGUUCUCCGAACCGUCUAAAGAAGAGCAGAUUGAGUUUAAAGCGAAAGAGUCCGAGUCUUGCUCGUUCCAGUUUCAGGUCACAGAGACCUCACCAAAAUGCCUGAAACCACUUUUGGAUGUAACCGCAGCCACAGGCUCCUCAGUGGUGCUUCAAUGUGUAAUGAAUGGCAUGCCGAAGCCAAGUGCAACAUGGUAUAAAGAUAACAGGGUGAUUGACACAGGGCGCUAUAUUAUACAAGAGACGGAGUCCGGCGGCUAUCACUUGAUCAUCCCUAGUGCUGAGAUUUCUAGCUUGGCUAUCACGACAGCAGAAGAAGAAACUCAGGAAACUUACAGCACUGGUCUUCGGCUGUCAGAUAAAAAGAAAACAUUUGAACUCAAGCCAGAGCCUAAGAUUUACUCCAGUACACUAGAGAAGGCCAGGGAAAAGGAGAAAGCGCCAGUUUUCCUUAAGCAGAUUGGUCACGCUUCGCUGAGUGUAGGCGAGGAGGCUAGGUUUUCGGUUACAAUAACGGGCAUCCCCAAACCCAAAGUGCAAUGGUUUCAUAACGGAAUCAAGUUGACUCCUUCAGCUAAGCACCGAUUCCUCCAACAAAACGAGGAGCAUACGCUGAUCAUCGGCAGCGUUGAGCCUGAAGACCGCGGGGAGUACUCCUGUCUCACCAGCAACGCCUACGGGCAGACAUCUUGCACUGCGUUCUUAGAAGUCAAGUCAAAGGAAAUUCGAGUCAUCACAGAAUCCUCCUCAACGGAGGUGGAGCACAAAGUGGAGAUCGAGGAAGUACGCAAAGUUAGCGGACAGCCGCCUUGCUUCAUCCGAGACAUUGAGCCCGUACAGUGUAGAGUUGGAAGUCCAGCUAAAUUUGAAUAUCGAGUGACUGGGACUCCAAUGCCUGAGGUCCAGUGGCUGAAAGGCAGCUUCCAGGUUCAAGCCAGUGUCUACUUCAGCACUGUGCACCACCCAGAUGGAUCGGGAUAUUUGAUCGUGAACCGAGCUCAAAAGGAAGACAGCGGUCUUUACACUUGCCGAGCAUUUAACUCUUCCGGGGAGGCCACCUGCAGUGCUGAACUGCUGGUGUUUAGUGACACCAUUGCUGUUUCUCGACACAAGGAACACAAAGUGGUGCAGAAACAGAAGACCUACAAAGUGUCCGAAAGUGACCAAGCCACUGAGUCGCGCUUGUACAUGGUAAACCUUCCCGGCGAUGUGCGGCCAGGCCGUCACAUGGUUUACACGAUUGGCACUGAAACCCAUCAAGCUAUUCACAGUGAACAAGUGGACACGAUGAGGGAAGUAUCGGUCUCGGCGGCUACGCUGCACAAGGAGGAUAUUCCUACACAUCAGGCGGCUAUACUACAGUCGCACGACAUCGAGGAGAGCGUUGUGGUUGCAGCCACUGACGUGAUGCCCCAGUCAUUUGUUCCACUGAUGAGACAACUGCACGCUGCAGCCUUUACGACUACAGUUCAGGAAAGCCAUGGGCUGACAGAGGAACACUGCGAGAGGCUGCAAAGCCCAGAUGUACUCGAGUUAGAAUCAGUGAAAGAGAAGCCCGCAAAGCUCUUGUCCUUUGUGGCCGAGGAACAGGUGCCAUUAAUGAGUGUUAGGGAAGAAACUCACCCUGGCACUCGGCUCACACAAGCUGUGGCAAAGUCAGAACCGAAGCACGUCAUAUAUAGCCAUCAUGUGGAAGGGAAGCUGCAACUUCCGAAAGAAGAAAUGUUCACUAUGACUAAACCUCCAGAAGAAAGAGUUAACCACAUAAAAGAAGGAGUGAAGUUGCUGUACACGCCAGUCUCCACUGAGAAGAAGGAAAUUACCGAGGCACACACCUCACCGUUAGCCACCCGUGAUUCCGCUAUGGAAGCCAGUGCAAAAAAGGAACUGCCAAAGCCCUUGUUAAUGCCGGUGACCGAUUCCCAAAUAACUCUUCCAAAGGAAUGUCUGUUCCAUCUAGAAAUGCCAACAGGGCAGCAGGCAUCAGUAGCGGCAGAUUCCCAUUCGAAAUCUGCAUUGAUCACAGAAGAAAAGCGGCCACUUGCGGCUGAGCGCACAGAAGAGAUCCCGGGUUUGGACAGUGCUGUGUCUGUGCAGUCACACAAAGAGAAGCCCCAGGUCUUGCACUUGCAGGUCAAGCGGGAUCAGCGCACCUUACCAAAAGAAGACAUGUUUAGUUUUGACGUCCCAAUGGAAGAGCAGGCGAAACAUCGAAAAAGUCCCACCUUACUGCAUUCGCUGAUUUCCGAUGACCAGAGAUUGGUUUCAAAUGAAGUCACGUCACCUUUUUCUGCGGAGCAAAGUUCAUUUUCAAUUCAGCCUGCCAAGGAGCUUCCAGCUGCCAUGCAUGUGCAGUCUGUCAUGACAGAACAUGUCUUGCCCAAAGAAGGCAUCCUUACUUUUGAGAAGCCCGAGAGCAGAAAUGCUGUACAAAAGCUGGAGAAGACCCGCCGACAAGCUGUGAUGGCUGAAGAGAUAAGGGAACUUUCGUCGGAUGUUUCCACAGAGCUUGACUUAACCGUGACCGGUCUAACGUCCGUAUACAGGACUGAACCUUUUCCACAGACCUGCCUACAGAUAAUCACCGAGAAAGUUCUGCUGCCUAAGGAAAUUCCCUUUGCCAGUGAGGUCAAACAACAGCGAGCUCUGGUGCAAAAAGAGGACCGCUGGAAUAUUAUGCAGGUGUCCACCACGGUGGAGAAUCGAACUUUGGAAGAAGGCCACGCAGACGCAUUUUCAGGGAUUGAAAAAGCUGCUUGCGAGGCAAAAUAUGAGCCCAAAAUCCCAACCGAGCCAAUUCAUGUUGAAGAAAGAGCAGUUUCCACCGAGAGUACGACCGCGUUAGAAGCAGCAGAGCAAGACUUUGCCGCCUGCAUUCAAGAGGGCCAGUCUGUCCGACUCCCUAUGUCCACGGAGGAGAAACAAAUUAUACUUGGAGAGCAUUCAGUGGACAUAGUCAAGUCAGAAUCGACAGUGCUUGCAGUUCAAAGGCAACCAAAAGGAGUCUUGCAGGCGCAUGAAACUGACAGCAACAGCUUCCUUCCAAAGGAACUUACUUUUGCAGUGCAGACCCCGAAAACGUUCAGCUUGAAUAUGAGAACUCAGUUGAAGAAUGCCUUGGAAUCUACCGUUACCACUGAGCAGUUAUUACUUUUGGCAGAUGUGGUGGGUGGUGUAGAAGAUGUCGGAGUUAAGGAGGUAAAGGUUUGCAGAGAGCCAAAGUACACGAUGUACACGUAUCUCAUUACGACUAGCAGCUCCCCACCAAUGGAAGUAACCUUGACCUUUGAAGGACACUAUCCUCAGACCGCCGAUAUAAAAAGUGAAGUGCAGGCAGCUUUCUAUUCCAUCAUUCACCAGGAGCAGCACAUUCUGUCUUCCGAACAGCCAGGGAUUGUGGAGAUUGACAGACCGCAGAAGUUGCGUGUCAGCAGCACUCCUUUCAAAGAAAUGGUAUCGCCAGUAGUGCAGGUUAUUCACAUCGGCGAGAGCGCCAGAGACCUUCCAAAAGCAAGGACCGAGUCAGCUUCUCUGAAGACCCAGACUUUGCCGUCAUUCCAGACAGCCACGUCAGAAGAGCUCACGAUGCUGCAGGAGUCAACUGAUUCUUUUGUCAAAAGUCAGCAAACCCAUGUGGUCAAAUUCACCUCGGAAUCCAAGACUGAUUUUCAAGAGGUGAUCUCAGUUCAGCAGGUGAAAACGACGACAGGAAAAGCUCGACAACGAGAUGUGGGGGCGGCCCUGAUCACCACAGGCGUUCCUCCCGCGUCCAUCCCUUCUGAUCAACAAACAGAGGUCCUCUUAGAAAGACAGAGGAGAGAGGAGGUAAUAAUGGAAGAGACAGUAGUGUCUACCAGCGUAGAACAGGUUACCGAAGACUAUCCCCUCAUAAGUAAGAGACUGGGGGAUGUUGAAGUAGAUGAAAACGAAGAUGUUCACCUUAGCGUAGUCAUAACCAGUGCAAAGAAGGUGAACUGGCUUUUCAAUAGCAAAAUCAUUACCUCAGGAAAAGAGUUCAAAUGUUUAAAAGACCGAGACACUUACACUUUAGUAAUCAAGAAAGCAACCAAAGAGAAGCAUGAAGGGGAAUAUAUCUGUGAAGCGGUGAAUGAAGCCGGAAAGACCAGCACCUCAUCGAAACUCACAGUUGUUUUAAGAGCUCCUCCAGUAUUCAAGAAAAAACUCCAACCACUUGAGAUCACCGUAGGCAACCCUGGAAGGUUUGAGUGUGAGAUUGAAGUGUCCCCUCAUGUCACCUUUAAAUGGUAUAGAGCUGGCACUGAAAUCCAUGACAGUGAUAAGUACAAGAUAAUCAACAGACACUACACGUCUUCACUGGAUUUCCUCAAGCCCCUAGUGGUGGACAGUGGCGAAUACACCUGCAAAGCGUCCAAUCAGCACGGCAGUGAGAGCUGCUCAUCCUUCCUGACUGUCAUCGAAGUUUCCCCACCUUUGUUUGUUACUAAGCCAGAGUCGAUGACUUUGUUUGUGGGGAAGCCAGCAAGACUUCAGUGCGUUGUGACCGGCUCACCUCCACUAAAUAUCGUAUGGCAGAAAGACAGUCUUGAUAUUCCUGUGGGUGGAAAUGUAAACAUCUCAGUCGAUAGAAACGUGCACAUUCUUGAGAUUCGCAGCCUUCAGCUCUCCGACAAGGGCCUGUAUUCUUGCAAGGCCACCAAUGGCUUUGGAACUGAUUUGUGUAGCGCUGAGCUACAGGUGAUCGACAAGCCGAAGUUCAUAAAAUGCAUUGAGUCUCAGACUGUGGCAGUGGGCCAAGCCAUUCGUCUUGAAUGCCAAGUGGACGAGGACACUGGAGUGACUGUCUCUUGGAGCAGAGAUGGGAAAAAGAUCCAUCUGAGUCUGGACUAUAAAAUCAUAUUUGAAGAUAAAAUGGCAAUCCUUGAAAUGCCAAAUGCCAAGAUGAAAGAUUCUGCAACUUACGUUUGCACAGCAUCCAAUGAUGCUGGAAGCAGCAGCUGUUCUGCUUCGGUGAUGGUACGAGAGCCUCCAUCUUUUGUAAAGAAGCUGGAGCCAAAGGUUCUGUGGAAGCAGGGAUCGGUGGCUCGGCUGCAGUGCUCUGUUAAGGGUUCCCCUGAGCUUCAUGUCACCUGGUUCAAGAACGACAUGGAGCUCAGUGCAAGUGAUCGAUGCAGAUGCACAUUUGCCGAGGGCCUGGCAGUUUUAGAAAAAACUAGCGUCACCAUGGACGACGGUGGCAUUUACACAUGUGAAGUACUAAACGAAGCUGGCUGCGAGAGCUGUGGCACUCAGGUGACGGUGAAAGAGCCUCCAUCUUUCAAGAAAGAAUUAGAACCUCAAGAAGUUGUCAGGGGGGCCAGUACCACCCUUGAAUGUCACAUUGCUGGCACAGCCCCCUUUGAAGUGAGCUGGUUUAAGGACAAAAAGCCAAUCAAGGCUGACAAAAAACACAAAAUACAUUAUGAGGAUGCCAUUGCCAGGCUGGAAAUUUGUUCAUUUGAAACAACUGAUGCAGGGGAUUACCAGUGUACAGUGGCUAACGAAGUGGGCAAGAGUUCUUGUGCUUCGACUGCCAAGGUCAAAGAGCCCCCAGCCUUCGUUAAGAAGAUCGAGAACCUUUCUACAAUUGUGGGAAGUUCUGUUAAGCUGCAAGGCACCGUCAAAGGCUCUGUGCCAAUAUCAAUCAAGUGGCUCAAGGAUAAGGAAUUAGUGUCCUCAGAUGAUAAAAUCAGCAUGUCCUUCCAAAAUGGGGUUGCCACCUUACAGAUUAAUGCUGUUCAGAUUAGUCAUAGUGGGAAAUACACAUGCCAAGCAGAAAAUGAUGCAGGAUUGCAAAAGUGUGAGGCAUCAUUGCUGGUAAAAGAACCUGCAAAAAUAGUUGAGAAAACCACCUCGAUCAGCGUGACAGCAGGUGACCCUGCAACUUUGGAGUGUACCAUAGAGGGCAGUCCAGAGCUUCAAAUUAAAUGGUUCAAGGACAGAAGAGAGAUCACGUCCAGCCGCAAGUAUAAAAUGAGCUUUAAGGAGAAUGUGGCCACUCUAAAAAUCUUUUCAGCUGAGAAAGUGGAUAGUGGCGACUAUACCAUUGAGGUGGCAAACAAUGUUGGCAGUGACCGCUGUUCUUCAAAUGUCAUGGUUUUAGAUCGGAUUGUUCCACCGACUUUUACGAAACCACUUCGCAAAGUGGAUGGAGUUGUAGGUUCUACCGUGAGCAUGGAAUGCCGAGUUUCUGGUUCGCAGCCCAUGACGGUGUCCUGGUUUAAAGAUGAACAAGAGAUAUCAGCUGAUGCUAAGUACCAGCCGGCUUUCAGAGAGAACACAGCAUCCUUGAACAUCAGUCAUUUAGAGGCAUCCGAUGCUGGCAGUUACACGUGCCGUGCUGCGAAUGCUGCUGGAAGCAAAGAAACGACCGGAAGCGUGACUGUAAAAGAACCUCCUGUGUUCACUCUUAAACCGGAGUCACAAGAUGUGAUCCCUGGCUCCACCGUCAUUUUGAAGAGUGCUUUUAGAGGAACCCCUCCAAUGUCUAUCAAAUGGUUCAAGGAAGACAACGAGGUGAUCACUGGUGGGGCGUGCUUCAUCAGAAAAGAAAGCCUUUCCAGUUUUCUGGAGCUCCAUUCUGUGAAACCUUUGGAUUCAGGGAAAUACACCUGCCAAGUCAGCAACGAUGCUGGCAAGGUCUCGUGCACCGCUGUCUUAUUUGUAAAAGAGCCACCAACUUUCACCAAGAAACUGGACGCCUCCAAACUUUUAAUGACGGGCUCGUCAGUUCACCUGGAAUGUAAAGUAACUGGCACUCCAGAAAUCCAAAUUAAAUGGCUGAAGAACGAGAGUGAGAUCAGUGCCGGGGACACAUACCAAAUGUCUUUUACAGAAGAUGUAGCCUCCCUGCAUAUUUUCAAUGCCAGCGUUGAAGAGAGUGGGGACUACAUUUGUGAGGCGUAUAAUGAUGCUGGCACUGACCGCUGUAACAGCCUGGUUAUUGUUAAAGAACCUCCCUCUUUUCAAAAGGUGCUUGAAUCCAUGGAAGUGGUCAAAGGCACCGAUGUUGUUUUGCAAGGCGAAGUGACUGGCACGGCUCCCUUUGACUCAGUAUGGUACAGAGAUAAUAAGCCUGUCAGAAGUAGCAAAAAAUAUAAGAUAAUGUCCCAGAAUGGAACCGUUAGCCUUCACAUUCUCAAGUGUGACGCAGCAGACAUUGGCAAGUACCAGUGCACGGUAUCUAAUGACGUAGGCACGGCAUCCUGUGACUGCGAUGUGACACUGAAAGAUCCUCCAUCCUUUAUAGAGAAGAUCGAAAACGUUAGCUGUCUUGUGGGAAGUGUGAUUACGUUACAGAGCGUCGUUAAAGGCUCGCUACCAAUCACGGUGUCGUGGAUAAAAGAUGACAAUGAAGUCAUGGAGAGUGACAACAUACAAAUGACAUUUGAGGAUGGGGUGGCUACUCUCUACAUGACCGAUGUGGAGACGCUUCAUGCCGGCAAAUAUACCUGUCAGGCCAAGAAUGAUGCAGGAGCUCAGAAGUGUUCAGCUAGCGUGCUUGUGAAAGAACCUGCAAACAUCACUGAAAAGGCGCAGUCCAUCAGUGUUACGGUUGGAGACCCAGCUACCCUGGAAUGUCGCUUUUCAGGCACCAAGCCUCUUAAGGCUGCCUGGUACAAAGAUGAUAAAGAGCUGAGCUCAGGCAGGAAAUAUAAAAUCAUAAGUACAGAGAAGUCAUCUACAAUAAAGAUUCACUCAACAGACAAAAGCGAUGCGGGAGAAUAUAUCUUCAGAGUAUCCAAUGAUGCUGGCAGCGCCUCAUGCAAAACCUACAUCACAGUGCUAGAUCAAAUAAUUAAGCCAUCGUUCACAAGGAAACUGAAACCAGUGGACAGCAUUAAAGGCUCAUUCGCUCAUUUGGAGUGCCUGGUAUCAGGGUCCCUGCCCAUGUCGGUGAUCUGGUUCAAAGAUGACAAAGAGAUAUCCAUCAGUGACAAACACCAGUGCACUUUUUAUGAAAAUGCAGCCUGUUUGGAGAUUAACCGCCUUGACAGCUCGGACAGCGGAAGCUACACUUGCUUGGCCACCAACCAGGCGGGCAGUGAUCAGUGUAGCGGGCCUUUAAUUGUCAAAGAACCUCCAACCAUUACCGAGAAACCUCAGUCCAAAGAUGUCUUGCCAGGAUCUAGAGUGCAGUUUAAGGUUCUUGUAAGUGGCACGCCGCCUCUGACUAUGAAAUGGUACAAAGAUAACAAGGAGCUGAUAUCUGGGACAACUUGCUCUAUCUGGAAGGACAAUACUACAUGUCUGCUGGAGCUGUUUUCUGUGAAGGUCUCCGACUCGGGAGAUUACAUCUGUAAGAUCAGUAAUGACGUGGGCUCCGAUUCCUGCAAGACCACCCUUUUUGUGAAAGAACCUCCGAAAUUCAUUCACAAGCCUGAGAGCCUUUCGUUAAUGAAGCCUGGGCAGAGUAAAAAGUUUGAGUGCCAGGUAACUGGAACUCCAGAGAUUACAGUCUCCUGGUAUAGAGAUGGCAGUGAAAUCAUCUCAAGUGGCAAAUAUCACCUUUCUUUUGAUAACUCUCUGGUGACCCUGGAGAUAAUAGGGGCGAGCGUAGACGACAGUGGCCUGUACGUGUGUGAGGCACGUAAUGAGGCUGGCAGUGACAGUUGCAGCGUUGAAGUUUGUGUGAAAGGUUAGUAUGGGAUGAUUCAUCUCAGCUUUCAGGCCUUCUGAUUUUCAG